AUGCAGAUUGUUUGCAGGAAGCUUGCUUGGUGGAGAGUUGAAGUUGAAGAAGAUCCAAAUAUGGACGAUAAGUCAAUUGCCCUCGAUGCUGUAAUCAAGGAAGCAGUUGAUUUGGAGAACAUCCCUCUUGAAGAAGUAUUUGAACAUCUUAAAUGUACAAGAGAGGGUUUGAGCUCUGAUGCAGUCAAAGAACGGUUGGAGUUGUUUGGAUACAAUAAACUCGAAGAGAAAAAGGAAAGUAAAUUUCUAAAAUUUCUGGGCUUUAUGUGGAAUCCUCUGUCAUGGGUGAUGGAAGCAGCAGCUAUAAUGGCCAUUGCUCUUGCAAACGGAGGGGGCAGAGGCCCAGAUGUUUAUGACUUUGUUGGUAUUGUGAUUUUACUUAUUAUCAAUUCUACUAUCAGUUUUAUCGAGGAAAAUAAUGCCGGAAAUGCUGCAGCUGCUCUUAUGGCUCGGUUGGCUCCAAAAGCCAAGAUCUUACGUGAUGGGAGAUGGAGCGAGGAAGAUGCUUCAGUGUUGGUUCCUGGUGACAUCAUCAGUAUCAAACUUGGAGACAUUGUUCCUGCUGAUGCACGCCUUCUAGAAGGAGAUCCGCUAAAGAUUGAUCAGUCUGCUCUUACUGGAGAAUCUCUUCCAGUAACUAAGAAUCCUGGUGAUGGUGUUUACUCGGGUUCAACAUGUAAGCAAGGUGAAAUUGAAGCAAUUGUUAUUGCAACUGGAGUCCAUACUUUCUUUGGCAAGGCAGCUCAUCUUGUCGAAAACACUACACAUGUUGGGCAUUUCCAAAAGGUGUUAACAUCCAUUGGAAACUUCUGCAUCUGCUCAAUUGCUGUUGGCAUGGUGAUUGAAAUCAUUGUUAUGUGGGGACACCAGGGGAAGAGCUACCGUACCGGUAUUGAUAACCUUCUUGUCCUACUCAUUGGUGGAAUUCCUAUUGCAAUGCCAACUGUUCUUUCCGUGACCAUGGCUAUUGGUUCACAUCGCUUAUCUCAGCAGGGUGCCAUCACAAAGAGAAUGACUGCCAUCGAGGAAAUGGCUGGGAUGGAUGUGCUAUGCAGUGAUAAAACAGGCACGCUGACACUUAACAAGCUUUCUGUGGACAAAAAUCUGAUUGAGGUUUUUGUCAAAGAUGUUGACAAGGAUAUGGUUGUGUUAAUGGCUGCAAGAGCAUCAAGGUUGGAGAAUCAAGAUGCUAUCGAUGCUGCAAUUGUUUCAAUGCUAGGAGACCCUAAAGAGGCACGAGCUGGCAUUAAAGAAGUUCACUUCCUUCCAUUCAAUCCAACCGACAAAAGGACAGCUCUUACAUACAUAGAUAAAGCUGGUGAAAUGCACAGAGUGAGCAAGGGCGCACCAGAGCAGAUUCUCAAUCUAGCCCAUAACAAAUCAGAAAUUGAAUGGAGGGUACAUUCUAUGAUUGAAAAAUUUGCAGAACGUGGGCUCCGUUCCCUCGCAGUUGCUCUCCAGAAAGUACCAGCUGGUAACAAAGACAGUCCUGGCGGUCCCUGGAAAUUUGUUGGCCUUCUCCCUCUCUUUGACCCUCCUCGUCAUGAUAGUGCUGAAACAAUUAGGAGAGCUCUAGAUCUUGGUGUGAGUGUUAAAAUGAUAACGGGUGACCAACUAGCAAUAGCUAAAGAAACGGGACGACGUCUUGGAAUGGGCAUAAAUAUGUACCCUUCUUCAUCUUUGCUUGGUGAUAGUAAGGAUGAGACAAUUGCAGCUCUACCAAUUGAUGAACUCAUUGAGAAAGCCGAUGGUUUUGCUGGCGUCUUUCCUGAACAUAAGUAUGAGAUUGUGAGUAGACUGCAAGCUAGAAAGCACACUUGUGGAAUGACCGGUGAUGGUGUAAAUGAUGCACCCGCCUUAAAGAAAGCUGACAUAGGAAUUGCUGUGGCAGAUUCUACAGACGCUGCUCGCAGUGCUUCAGAUAUAGUUCUAACAGAACCUGGACUUAGUGUAAUCAUAAGUGCUGUCCUUACAAGCCGUGCAAUCUUCCAGAGAAUGAAAAACUACACGAUAUAUGCUGUUUCUAUUACUAUUCGUAUUGUGCUAGGUUUUAUGUUGCUGACUGUAUUCUGGAAGUUUGACUUCCCUCCUUUUAUGGUUCUUGUCAUUGCCAUUCUUAAUGAUGGUACUAUCAUGACCAUAUCCAAAGACAGGGUCAAGCCUUCUCCCCUCCCAGAUAGUUGGAAGCUUAGUGAAAUUUUUGCAACUGGGAUUGUCCUUGGUGGAUACAUGGCUAUAAUGACUGUUGUAUUCUUCAUGGUCGCAUAUGACACUAGUUUCUUUAAGAAUGUUUUCCAUGUAAAGGACUUCAACCAACAUAACUUCAAUAUGUCAAACGAGACUGAAGCUAAGCCACUCCGAGAAAUGCUGGCAUCUGCUGUUUAUCUUCAAGUUAGCACAAUCAGCCAGGCCUUAAUAUUUGUGACUCGUUCUAGGGGCUGGUCUUUCAUGGAACGGCCUGGUCUUCUGCUAGUAACUGCCUUCAUUCUUGCUCAACUGAUUGCAACAGUGAUAUCUGCCCAUGCAACCUGGGGUUUUGCUGGAAUCAGAAAGAUAGGCUGGGGCUGGACUGGUGUUAUCUGGUUGUACAGUAUAAUCACUUACUUGUUUCUUGAUCCUAUCAAAUUUGCUGUUCGAUAUGCCCUUAGUGGACGCGCCUGGGGUCUGGUGGUGGAAAAAAGAACUGCAUUCACCACCCAAAAGGACUUCGGAAGGGAAGCUCGUGAGGCUAAAUGGGCAGCUGAGCAACGGACACUACAUGGACUCCAGUCUGUUGAAACAAAAAUGUUUUCAGAGCAUAACACUUUUAGGGACAUUAACCUCAUGGCAGAAGAAGCUAAAAGACGUGCAGAGAUCGCAAGGCUAAGAGAGCUUCACACUCUGAAAGGCAGGGUGGAGUCUUUUGCCAAGCUGAAGGGCUUAGAUAUCGAUGCCAUGAACCAGCACUACACUGUCUAA